AUGAAUGGCCCUUGCCCAGGAGAAGCGACUGGGGUAGACCCUCAAGAAUCCCCAAAUGAGGAACUCAUAAAUGUGAGGAGAACUUUUCUGGAAGAAGAGGAAGAUGAAUACACGAAGAGCAGUCGUCGGUAUCUACAGGACGAGGAGAACUACAUAAAUCGAAUAAAAACGUACAACGUAUGGGUAAAGAAACCUGCACAUCUAUGUUCACUUCUCUUGGCUAGAAACGGGUUUAUAUGUGAAAAUGAAUCUACAGUAAGCUGCGAAAUGUGUCGAUGCAAAUUUGUAUACGAAAAGGACACAUAUUCUAUGUACACAACAAUAAACGACUUAUGUUUGCUCCAUUUGAAGAAUUGCCCCUGGAAAGGGAAAUUAAUUGAUCUGCAGAUACUGCACCUCGAUGGGGAGUCCUUAAAAAAGGACAACCUACUUAGGGAGUACCAAUCUGUUACCACCUUCCUGCAAAAUGGUACACACGAUGUGCCAUAUAUUGACAUAAAAAAGACGAUUAGCAAUUUGAUCCUAAUUGUUAAAAAGCACCUGGCGAAUGAGAGCUCGAAGAAGAAAUUUCUGCCCUUCAAUUCGUAUGUAGAAUUAUUCAAGAGUCACUAUGUGGAAAUAUUUAAGAGUCACAAAAAUUUGGUCUACCGAGGAAUGCACCUUAUUCGAUCCAAUUACAAACAUAUGAUGAACCACCUUGUUGAUGAAGCGUUUCUAAACAAUCUGACAUAUGACCCCCUAGAUGUACACACCUACAUAAACAUCGUAGCAGAUGUGAAUGCUAACGCAGAGAAGAAACUUAGCCACUCCGAUGAAGACCUCAACAUGUAUUUCAAAAUUGUAAAUCAGCUGAAGAACUUCGAAUAUGAAGAUGUCAAUAUUUACAAGCUCAUCGCUCUGUUGGGAUGGACAUAUAGAACAUCUCCCCGGGGGGAGGACCCGGAUGUCCCUUCGCAGAUCCUCUACUGUAGGUACUGCUUUAGGGAGGUUAACUUGGGUGAUUAUUCUACCUUUUCGAGAAGGCAGAACAAGAUCGAUUUGUUCAAGUCCAUCCAUAUGGAGCCCCCCGGGGAGGUCGCCGACCCGUCGAUAGACGACGCGCGGGAUGCACUGGAACGCCUCACCGGAUUGGCGGAUGGCUGGGUUGAAGUGGAGGAAGGGGAGAACGAUGAGGACGAGGAUAGGAAAGGCGAAGAAAGGGAUAGUGAAGUAAGAGGGGGUGCGGAAAGGGAGGGUGAAGAAAAGGGGGCAGAAGACCAAGACGCAACAGGAGGAGAAGUCGUAGAAAUCGAGGCAACAGAAAAAGAGGCAGCGGAAAAGGAGGCAACAGAAAAAGAGGCAACGGAAAAAGAGGUGGUAGAAAAGGAGCAGGAAGAAAACCCGGGGGAAGAAAUUAACGGCGAAGCAAACGAGGGAGAAGAAAACCUGGAAGAACAAAUUAAUCGCGGAGAAAACGAGGGAGAAGAAAAACAGGGGGAAGGAAAUAACGGCGGUGAAAAGGAAGAUAACCAAAAUGUAAGCAACGACACGAAGGGAGACCCCAAUGAGGGAGGCGACACAAAAGACCUUCCCACCCAGGGCGGACGCGACGGCCAGGCGAACCCCGAGGAGCAGGAGGGGUUCUCCUUCAAGUGGAGCAUCAAACAGUUCUUUCUCCCAAAAAAGAGCAUCGACAACGCGGAUAAAAAUCAAGACGCCGGUGACGCCUCGCCAGGUGAAUGCCCCGUGAAGAGUGUCAACCAGGGCGCAUUAACCCCAAAUGGAAAAGGGAACCCAGUGUGUGGAAAGAAAAGAAGAAAAAAAUAUGUGCAAUUGAAAAAUAUACUUAGCCGCGCAUUCCUCGAGGUAAGUAGUUACACAGAGGACGAAAACUUAUUUAGCAAAGCUGCGCAUGAUUGUUACGUAUUGAAGGGGGGUCCCCACUUGGCCCAUUUGGAUAACCGGCGCACGCCAAAGGAGGACGAUAAGGAAGCGGCCAACUGUACGGAUGCGGCCAACGGUACCGAUAAUACUGUGCCCUGCGGGGACACGGCUGGUACCACACAGAAGCGCACCAUUCGAGCGUUCAACUUGAUUGAGAACCACCGAUCCUUCUGUCCAUACAUGACGGAAGACUUGUAUUCGUUCUCCAAGAUAACGAAGCUCCUCUUCGAGUUGGUCACGUCGGAGUUUCAGCGGCGGUACGUCAUGAGGUAG